AUGUGCAUUGCUCUGUCUUGUAUCUGUGGCGAAAGGCAGCCUUUACCGGCAAGGGGGAGUGGGAGAAGUUCUGACUAUUGUCUCCUUCAAGCGCAGCAGCACUGUUAUCUGAGAGAGGAUACUUAUAACCGAAAGCGCGGCAGCAUUAUUACCUUUGAUGGCAUGCGUCUAGCUCUCGGAGAGACAAUAAAACUUUUCCACGCUCCAAUACCCCAGUUGCCAUCCCUUGUUCUCCUGUUUUUUAGUAACUCCCUUGUGCAUUUGCACGUUGGUGGUAGCAGACUAGCAAAAGAAGAUAAGCAUAGAGCAAUGAUUGAUUAUGGAGAGGCCUUUCCUGUCUUCCAUAGCUGCUCAAUGCCUCUAGUUACAGCAGAUUAGCGUGUUCUUUUGCUACUAAUUCAGACUUCGUUGCUCAAACAACUUAGUCAAAUGGAUUCAAAUGCACCAGGCUUUGUUCUAAACACUUCGACUCUCCGCUCAGUUUAUUAUCAAGGCAAGGAAGGCAAUGGUAUUAUUGAUCUUGGUCUUAGUCUGAGGGCUUUACAGCCUGAAGCCUACCAUCCGUCUAGACAUAUGGCAGGCCUGGAAGGAUACAAUGAUCUGAUAAGUUGGCCCCAGGCUAACUCACAGAUGAAAAGCUCGAACACUGGAUAUUCAAGGCUGGUAGCAGAAGAUUGUGAUGAUGAGGCAGAGGGGGUCCAGCGCAGAGAGAAGCGGGCUUAUGUCAAGGUUACCAUGGACGGGGUUAUGGUUGGUCGCAAAGUUUGCAUGCUUGAUCAUGGAGGUUACUCAGGCCUUGCACGUCAACUAGAAGAAAUGUUUGGGAGGCAAAACGCAUCAGGGUUAAGGCUGUUUGAAGCUGAGUCCAAGUUUUCCUUGUUAUACAAGGACAUGGAGGAAAAUUGGAAGAAUGUUGGCGAUGUGCCGUGGAAGGAGUUCGUGAAACUUGUGAAACGGCUGAGGAUUUCGCGAAAGAAUGAAUGA